UGCGCCCCGGCAACCCGUACCGGCGUCGUCACCCGCGGGGAGCAGGUGAGGACAGCCUCUCCGGGGCUGGGCGAUGCUGCGCGGGCCCGUGGUAGUGGCUCCCCGGGCUGCGUGAGCCCUCUUUGUGGGGUCUGGCCCGGCCCGGUCCUUGAUAGCGGCUGGCGGCGGUGGCGCUCCUAGGCUGGCUCGGGGGUCGCCGCGUGGCCGCUGCCUGCAAGCAGCUUUCUGCUGCUUCCUUCCCGCCCUGCCGCAGGUGAUCUUCCGGGUCCGCCAUCCCAGGCGGGCCGGCAGUCGCCUUCGGCGGGUGCGUGUCUGUGACGGGGGAGGGGCACGUGAAAUGGCUGCAGAUGACAAACGGUCUCCGACACUGGACUCUACUGGUGAUCUACCUCAUUCUCCUAGUAGUCCGUCUCACCUCACUCACUUCAAACCCCUGACUCCUGACCAGGAUGACCCUCCUUUUAAAUCAGCCUACAGCUCUUUUGUAAAUCUCUUCCGUUUCAGCAAAGAUGAUGGCAGGCUUUCAUCCCCGGCAGAGAGAGCAGAGGCAGGACAGAGCGAUCCACAGGUGUUGAGCAGUGGCUGGUCCAGUCCUCAGCAUCCCACCAGGGCUCAGUCUCUGAGGUCACCGGUUCCUUACAAAAAGCAGCUGACUGGUGAGCUGCAAAGAAGAUCUUCUACAACCCUGGACAAUCGAAGGAAAGUUGAACCGCCUCUUGGAGGUCAUGAUCCUCGAACAGCUGUUCAGUUACGAAGCCUCAGCACUGUUUUAAAGCGUCUCAAAGAAAUCAUGGAGGGGAAGAGCCAGUUUGUGGCAGCUUCUGAAGGCCCUGGAGAUUUUCAGACAUCUUUGAAGGACAGUGACUUGAAGCAGUACUGGAUGCCUGACAGCCAGUGCAAAGAAUGCUAUGACUGCAGUGAGAAAUUCACCACCUUCCGGCGGAGACACCACUGUCGACUUUGUGGGCAGAUCUUCUGUAGUCGAUGCUGCAAUCAGGAAAUCCCUGGAAAAUUCAUGGGCUACACAGGGGAUCUCCGAGCCUGCACUUACUGCCGCAAAAUAGCCUUAAGCUAUGCACACUCCACAGACAGUAACUCCAUUGGAGAAGACUUAAAUGCUCUGUCCGAUUCUGCGUGUUCUGUAUCAGUGCUGGAUCCUGGCGAGCCACGCACACCAGUUGGGAGUCGUAAAGCUAGCCGCAACAUCUUUCUGGAGGAGGAUCUAACCUGGCAAAGUUUGAUUCACCCAGACUCUUCAACUGCCACGUUGUCUGCACGCCUUGGGUCUGUCCAGGAGGAUGCAGGGAAGUCGCCAGCUAGGAACAGAUCAGCCAGCAUCACUAACCUGUCACUGGAUCGGUCAGGUUCACCAAUGGUGCCUGCCUAUGAGACAUCUGUCAGCCCCCAGGCCAGUCGCACACACUUGAAGGCAGAGACCAGCGAGGACGAGCGCAAAAUCCUUCUGGACUCAGUCCAGCUGAAAGACUUGUGGAAGAAAAUCUGCCAUCACAACAGUGGGAUGGAGUUUCAAGACCAUCGCUACUGGCUCCGGACACAUCCCAACUGCAUUGUGGGAAAAGAGUUGGUCAACUGGCUCAUCAGAAAUGGGCACAUAACCACAAGGGUCCAAGCCAUUGCAAUAGGACAAGCGUUGGUUGAUGGACGCUGGCUAGAAUGUGUCAGUCAUCAUGAUCAGCUCUUCAGAGAUGAGUAUGCUCUCUACAGACCGUUACAGAGCACGGAGUUCUCAGAAACCCCAUCUCCAGACAGUGACUCGGUGAACUCUGUAGAGGGGCACUCUGAGCCAUCCUGGUUCAAAGACAUAAAGUUUGAUGACAGUGACACAGAGCAGAUUGCUGAUGAAGGAGAAGAUAACUUAGCCAACUCCGCCAGCCCUAGCAAGCGCACUUCAGUCAGCAGCUUCCAGUCCACAAUGGACAGUGAUUCAGCCGCCUCCAUCAGCCUGAACGUGGAGCUGGACAACGUGAACUUCCAUAUCAAGAAGCACUCCAAGUACCCACAUGUGCCCCCUCACCCUGCCGACCAAAAAGAGUACUUGAAUCCUGAAAACGGAGGGCAGCAGAUGUUCUCUAUAAGUGAUGCUUUUAUUAAAGAGUCAUUAUUCAACAGGAGGGUGGAGGAGAAGUCCAAAGAACUCUUUUUCACACCCCUAGGCUGGCACCACAGCAAUCUGGAUCUGCUGAGAGAAGAGAAUGGGGAGAAACAGGCCAUGGAAAGGCUGCUGUCUGCUAAUCACAACCACAUGAUGGCACUGCUUCAGCAGCUUCUAUACAAUGAGUCCCUGUCACUGUCCUGGAGGGAUAUCAUUGUACCUGUGGUCUGCCAGGUAGUUCAAACUGUACGGCCUGAUGUCAAGAACAGAGAUGAUGACAUGGAUAUCCGCCAGUUUGUCCACAUCAAAAAAAUCCCUGGUGGAAAGAAAUUUGACUCCAUGGUGGUGAAUGGAUUUGUUUGCACUAAGAAUGUUGCACAUAAAAAGAUGAACUCUUGCUUAAAAAAUCCCAAAAUUCUUCUGUUGAAGUGCUCAAUUGAGUACCUCUAUAGAGAAGAAACAAAGUUUACCUGCAUAGACCCUAUAGUACUUCAGGAAAGGGAGUUCCUGAAGAACUACGUACAGCGGAUAGUUGAUGUCAGGCCUAAUUUGGUCCUUGUUGAGAAGACCGUGUCCCGAAUUGCCCAGGACAUGCUCUUAGAGCAUGGUAUCACUCUGGUCAUCAAUGUCAAGCCGCAAGUCUUAGACCGGGUGAGUCGAAUGACCCAGGGAGACUUAGUGAUGUCAAUGGAUCAGCUCUUGACCAAACCGCGUUUGGGAACCUGUCAUAAAUUUUAUAUGCAAGUUUUUCAGUUGCCUAAUGAUCAGACAAAAACCCUGAUGUUCUUUGAAGGGUGUCCCCAGCACCUGGGUUGCACCAUCAAGUUGUGUGGUGCUGCAGAGUAUGAGCUGGCUCGUGUGAAGGAGAUCCUGAUCUUCAUGGUCUGCGUGGCUUAUCAUUCCCAGCUGGAAAUAUCUUUCCUUAUGGAUGAGUUUGCCAUGCCCCCUACUCUGACCAAAAACACCUCCUUUCACUCCCUUAUUGAGGAGCCAGGAGAUGAAAAUGAACAACAGAACCUCUUCAAUGGUGAGGAUUUCAGCACAGCAGUCAGAGACAUUGAACUAUCCUCUGAAAAGCUGCCUGUAAUCUCUGAGUCGGUGUCCUCUGAUGAGGUCAGCUUGCUUGAACAAAGAGGUUUAUUUGAGAGAGGUGACCAAGAGAACAGUCAGCUGGAAAUGGCAUCCUCAAAACAUCAAGAGCACCACAAAGUGGAGUCACCGUUUCCAGUAUUCAACUCUGUACCUCCUGGAAUACCCGAAACAUCCCUGCUGCCCCUCCAUGGUAUGGACCAGCACUUGAUCACUCUGGAUAGCCAAACAUUAGAGCCUCUUCAACAGGUGGAUGAUCUACAAGACUCCAAGAGUCAGAUGAGAGUCUUUAGAGACCCUCUCCAGGAUGAUACUGGUUUAUAUGUCACAGAAGAGGUAACUUCUUCUGAGGAUCGUCUCAAGACUUACUCUGCAGCAUUUAAGCAGGAGUUGAAAGAUGUCAUUCUCUGUAUUUCUCCUGUAAUGACGUUCCGUGAACCAUUUCUUUUAACUGAAAAAGGCAUGAGGUGCCCUGCCCGGGAAUACUUCCCUGAGCAAGUUUACUGGUCUCCUCUCCUCAAUAAGGAAUACAAGGAGUUGGAGAGCAGAAGGAAGAGACAAUUAUUGCGGGAUCUCUCUGGACUACAAGGGAUGAAUGGGAGUAUCCAAGCCAAGGCUAUCCAAAUCUUACCUUCUCACGAGUUGGUUAAUACUAGAAUAGCAGAACACCUAGGUGAUAGCCAGAGCUUAGCUAGAAUGCUGGCUGACUAUAGAGCCAGAGGAGGGAGGAUACUACAAAAAAGCACUGAUCCCUUUGCCCAAAGUAAGGAUGUGUGUAGUGUCCCUACUGGAAAAACUGGGUGCAGAAUUGAAGAGGAUGAGAAGGGACUGGCUCAGAGUGAAUCCUCGUGGUCUCAUAAGGUGGAUUGCCUGAGUCCAGUAAACCAUCAGAGGCUCUGUGUUCUCUUCAGUAGCUCUUCUGCUCAGUCCAGCAAUGCUCCAAGUGCCUGUGUUAGCCCCUGGUAUGAAAACUACUCCUCUACACCUUGUAUAGUUGCUAUCUUUUUUCCUAAGUCAAGGAUUGUGACUAUGGAAUUCUAUGGGAAAAAUGACCUGACUCUAGGGAUUUUUCUGGAGCGCUACUGUUUCAGGCCUUCCUACCAAUGCCCCAGCAUGUUCUGUGAAACACCAAUGGUGCACCACAUUCGUCGCUUCGUUCAUGGGCAAGGCUGUGUGCAAAUUGUGUUAAAGGAGCUGGACUCCCCGGUCCCUGGGUACCAGCACACCAUUCUUACUUACUCUUGGUGUAGACUGUGCAAACAGGUGACACCAGUUGUUCCCCUUUCCAAUGAUUCUUGGUCUAUGUCUUUCGCAAAAUACCUUGAGCUGAGAUUCUAUGGGCACCAGUACACUCGAAGGGCUAAUGCAGAACCUUGUGGUCAUUCCAUUCACCAUGACUAUCACCAGUAUUUUUCCUAUAAUCAGAUGGUGGCAUCUUUCAGCUACUCUCCAAUCCGGCUGCUUGAAGUGUGUCUCCCACUCCCCAAGAUCUACAUCAAACGGCAGGCUCCAUCAAAGGUUACUAUUUUGCAGGAUCUCAAGGAUUUCUCUCAAAAGGUGUCACAAGUGUAUCUUGCUGUUGAUGAUCGCCUUGCUUCUCUGAAAACAGAUACUUUCAGCAAAACAAGAGAAGAGAAGAUGGAAGACCUCUUUGCCCAAAAGGAGAUGGAAGAGGGGGAGUUUCGAAACUGGACUGAGAAAAUCCAAGCAAGGCUGCUUUCAUCAUCAUUAGACACACCUCAACAGCUGCAAUCUGUUUUUGAGUCUCUGAUAGCUAAAAAGCAAGGACUUUGUGAGAUGCUACAAGCCUGGAAUAAUAGAUUGCAGGAUCUCUUCCAACAAGAGAAAGGGAGAAAACGUCCAUCAGUACCACCCAGCCCUGGGAGACUGAGGCAAGGUGAAGAAAGCAAGAUCAGUAGCAUGGAUGCUUCCCCCCGCAAUGCUUCUCCAGCACUGCAAAACGGAGAAAAAGAGGAUCGUUUCCUGACUACUUUAUCAAGUCAGAGCUCCACAGGCUCCACUCAUCUUCAGCUGCCCACACCUCCAGAGGUUGUAUCAGAACAUAUGACUGGUGCCAACACACUGUCUGAACAGGAUACAACAAGCAGCUCAGAAGAUGUGUUUGAUGGACACUCACUGGGAUCUACAGACAGCCAAGUGAAGGAGAAGUCUACUAUGAAAGCUAUUUUGGCUAACUUUUUGCCUGGAAACAACUAUAACCCCAUUCCAUUUCCCUUUGACCCAGAUAAGCACUACCUAAUGUAUGAGCAUGAACGUGUACCUAUUGCAGUCUGUGAGAAAGAACCAAGCUCCAUCAUAGCUUUUGCUCUCAGUUGCAAGGAGUACAGAAAUGCCCUGGAUGAGUUGUCCAAAGCAUCUCUGAAGAACAGUUCUGAAGAAGGACUGCAGCCGAACAGCAUGUCAGACAGCAAACCAAAGAGCAGUAGCCCUGUCCGCCUGCCUGAGGCUAACAUGGGUCCUUCAAAUCGCAAUGCAGAGUCAGAACAGCCAAAGAAACCAUCUGGUGUUUUGUCUUUCUUCCGUGGCACGGGAGGGAAGAGCCCAGACCUGUCUUCCCAGAAGAAAGAGACCUUACGUGGUGCUGACAGUGCCUACUACCAGGUUGGACAGAUGGGCAAAGAGGGAGCAGAAAACCAAGGAGCAGAGCCUCCAGAUGAUGUAGAUGGAGGAGAUGGACAGAAGAAACAGCUGGUGAAUCCCCAUGUGGAACUCCAGUUUUCAGAUGCGAAUGCCAAGUUCUACUGCCGGAUUUAUUAUGCUGGCGAGUUUCACAAGAUGCGUGAAGUGAUACUGGGGAGCAGUGAAGAGGACUUCAUCCGAUCCCUCUCUCACUCUAUGCCUUGGCAAGCACGAGGUGGCAAAUCUGGGGCUGCGUUCUAUGUGACUGAGGAUGAUAGAUUCAUCUUGAAGCAGAUGCCUCGUCUGGAAGUUCAGUCAUUCCUUGACUUUGCUCCACACUACUUCACUUAUAUCAUUAAUGCAGUUCAGCAGAAGAAGCCCACAGCACUGGCCAAAAUCCUUGGGGUAUAUCGAAUUGGAUACAAGAACUCUCAAAACAACACUGAAAAGAAGCUGGAUCUGCUUGUCAUGGAAAACCUUUUCUAUGGCAGGAAAAUGGCUCAGGUUUUUGACCUGAAGGGCUCCCUCAGGAAUAGAAAUGUUAAAACAGACACAGGCAAGGAAAGCUGUGAUGUAGUCCUUCUGGAUGAGAACCUUCUGAAGAUGGUCCGGGACAAUCCUUUGUACAUCCGUUCCCAUUGCAAGGCUGUGCUGAGAGCUUCCAUACACAGUGAUUCCCAGUUCCUCUCCAGCCACCUCAUCAUUGACUAUUCCCUGCUGGUGGGUCGUGAUGAUACCAACAAUGAACUGGUUGUUGGGAUCAUUGACUAUAUUCGCACUUUUACCUGGGACAAAAAGCUUGAAAUGGUGGUGAAGUCAACUGGCAUCUUGGGAGGACAAGGUAAGAUGCCAACUGUGGUCUCUCCAGAACUGUACCGGACCAGGUUUUGUGAAGCUAUGGACAAAUAUUUCCUGAUGGUGCCAGACCACUGGACAGGACUGGGCCUGAAUUGCUAAGCUAAAGCCCAUAUUGGGAAAGCACAAAAGGACAAUGACAUUACAGUCCACUCUCUUCCUGUGGUCUAUCCAACAUCUCUGAUGGAAGGACUUCAAACGAACAUGGAGUCUGGGAGCUCUUUAUGACCACUUGCUCAUUCUGACCAGUUGCCUGGUAAUACCAUCUUCACUGUAACUAUGGAUUGAAAUUUGCAUUUUUUCACUCCUCCUGUGUUCAGUAUUUUCUUCUGCAGCAGAUGGUGGUGACUCUGUUCAGGAGCAACAGCUGGGCAGUACUGAGAAUGGAAAAUGGCAGCAGUGAGAAUUGAGCUGUUGGCUCCAAAAACAACCAGUGCAGCUCAGGUCUGAGCUUCCAGGAGGCAACAGUCGUUUGUGUUGGAAGAAGUCUUCCCCACCCCGCUGCAAAGCCCUGCUGGAGAAUAAGCAAAAAUGCUGACCUUGAAGCAGCAGAAAUGAAAGUAUUCUCACUUCCUCUGUACAAUGUAAUCAUUGUUUCUGGGGGUGCAGCAUUGAAGGCUGCAGUGAUGUGUGCUGUGGAAAGAUGACACAGUACUUCUUGUUUCCUCUGGCCCAGAAUCCCUUUGGUCCAACACAGUACAUCAGGUACAGCUGACCACCUCUGGGACACAUCUUGUCUCUUGUGUUGAAAUGUAGGAUGACUGGCUCUGUGGGGGGCCUUGUGUAAUGAGGAACCAACCAGUCCAUCGUCUCAAUGCUACUCUCACUUCUGUGACUUUUACUUUCUGUCUUGGCUCAUUGAUGUGAAAGACCAUGCCAUGCAGCCUGAACAUGUUCCAGUCUUGGUUAAAGUUUACAGGUAUUCUUCCUCCUUCACCUCUUGAAGUUUACAGGGAGAAAACUUGAUUUGCCUGCCUAGCUAAGGUAACCCAACAGCAGCUGGCUGUGUUAUCUUCCACCUUUUGUCAGUAUGUGGAUUGGUUGUUGAAGCAUGAAUAUGGGCAGCGUCAUGGCAUCUGCACUAGGCUAAUGUAGAGCUGUCAUGUGCUAGCCCUGUCCUGUCACCAGUAACCUUACUCCAGUUAUGUGUGGCUGCUCUAGACUGCUUGUCUUCCAGAGUCUCAAGCAGCUGGCUUUAAAGCAACACAGUCAUCUGACUGUAGCUAAUGUUCCCCUGUACAUGACAGCAUGAAGUCCUCAGCACUGUAAAAGUAAGAGAACCUUCCACUGGCCAGCUGUUUUACAGCCUGUGAACACAGAGCCCAAACGUGUGAAUUGUGACCUUCUUGGGCUGAUGCUAUAGCAGUUGGAGGGCUUUGCAGGAGUGAUCUUGAGCUGGCAUCAACAGCUAACUUUGGGUCAGGAUGUGGCUGAUAGACUAGUCCUGACCAGACUGAAGUAAAUAGCAAACUACUAGUCAUGGGUAACACAGUAGCUGCAGUAUCAACUGGAAUUGGGACAUCUUUGGGUGCCACGUGACAAAGUUGUAAGCAUUUCUAGUUCAAAUCCCAGCAGUUGAACAGAUCUCCUCAGAUGUUCCCCUUUCAGAGUAAGAAUUGUCCUGGCAUUUCACUUGCUACAAAGCUGACUUUCUCAAAAGGAGAGGAGUACUUCAUGCAGAAGAGGUCUUUGAGAGCUCCUUGUGGGGCUGUGUUAGGUUUGUGUCCCUGCAGCAUGCCUAAGGAUGUCCUAGGGGAACAGUCUGGGGAUUCUAUGAUUAUAUGAGCCCUUUGAUUAGAGUUUUUUUUUAUUUCUUUAUAACAUGUUUAGCAUGUAUGUGUGUAAGCAAAUCCCAGUUGCAAACAUGAAGACUGCAUUUCUUCAGAGCUACACUAGCUCUUUUCCUUCUGUUGUUUUGAUCUGAGGCCUUGUGAUAAAUGUCUAAAUCUUGUCCCAGUCAGAAGUGAUGACUUGCUUUGAAUCAUCGUGUAGACAGCAGACUGCCUUGUAGUGGCCCAGCGAUGUAUUCUGUACCCCAAAAGCACAUGAGGGACUUGUGCUGGUUAAGUAGAUCUGCUGGGCUUGGGGGGAGUUACCUGUGGAGUGGACUCUCCCCUGUGAGAAUGACUAAAACCAAAUGAAUCAUUCACUAGCAGGUGGCCAGACCAAUCAUUAUUCAGAGCACUUAAUGUACCAUAAUGUAUGUAUUUCUAAUUUACCUUGGUUCAGCUGUAUUUUAUAAAAUUGAUGUACUAAACUAUUUGAGAAUAACUGCCUUGACUACUUGGAGAAUCUAAAUGUAAUGUAUAUAGGUAUAAAUAAAGUGACUAAAAUAUACUUGAGUCUAUUCCAUGUGGUGGAACAGUUAGGUCUCGUAGCAUCCCAUUUUCUUGAUCAGAGCCUAAGCCACCUGCUCUGCAGCAAUUGCUCUGUUGGAGGUUGCCAGCUUUGUGUGCAGUGUAAGCAUGCCUGUUGCGUCUCUGUACCUUGCAGCUUGUCUCUUCUAAUGGAGCAGGACCUCUGGGCAGCUCUCCAGAAACAGAAUAAUCCUGCCUUCAGCUCUGAGGAUUUUGUGGUGCUUCCUCUAUGAAGCUGACAAAGAGAAGGUGGGAGAAAGAGGCACAAACCAACGCUGCUGAAGUUAAAAACAAAAACAAGAACACCCAAAACAGGUAAGAGUGUGCUUGUAGCUGAAGUAGUAAAUUACUGAGAAAUACUCCUUACUGUUCCCUAGAAGUGUUUGGCCUUUGGUUACCUGCACAUGAUCCUGGAAUUGCAGUCUUGAGUGAAGUUUCAUGGACUUUGUCUUCAAAACCAGAACUUCGUGUAUUACAAGGUUCCAUGUGUUGUUAUUUCUGCUUGGUAUAGGGACAAAAUAAUUUAAAAGUUUACUGCAGUUAGGAAGCUCUUUUCACUGAAAAAGUAGGUGUGGGGGAAAAACCCACUGAUUUUUAGUUACAGCAGCAGGUUAUAGAUUGUUUUGUUUUGCUUGUAAGAUGUAAGCUGUUUGAGGGCCUGCAGGAGACCAGCUCCUAAAUCAUCACUGCCGACUGCUGGAAAUCCAGUUUUCCAAUUCAUCUAGUGCAAAGGCUGGCUAUGUGUUUGCUUAAAUUAUCUCUCAGGAAUAAAAAAUUGUAAGAGAAAUAAUGAUCUUAGUAGCAGUUCAUUGUUUUCUGGGUGUCUAAAUGUGCUCUGAAUCUACCUCUGAAAAGGUGGAGGACUGAAGUCCCAUAAUAGCUGAAUAUGUACUUCAGUGAGGACUAUCUUUUCUGUUAAUAUCUAUGGUGAGUAAAAACACAAUGGCCGUAUCCUGCUCCUUGUCAAAGAAAGGCUGUUUUUACUAAGAGUCCGGGGCCUGUGAAAUUUGUUUCCCAGUUUCCAUCCAAAAUAGCAAGAAUGGAGUGGUGAUCUUGGUAUGUCUGCACAAAACCAUUGUACACAUUUUUCUGUGAUGUGAACAAAGUAUCCUCUUUCUUUGUUUUCUACAGUGAAAAUAAUUUUUUAAUUCCACAUUAUCUGCUAGUUAGAUGUAUUUCUAUAGUAAUGUGUUUAUAUAGAUAUAAUUCAUAGUAAAUACUCUAUAGUAAAUUAUGGUUGAAUAUAGUAUAGUAUUUGAACAGUGAUUACUCCCACUAUAGCAACAUCAGAAUUCAUGACUACUAUAACUCUUAUUUAUUUGCUUAAUUUUGGGGGAAACCCCCCUACUUUCUUCUAAUAUUUCUCAUCAGUAUUUGGCUAGAGCUGUCUUGUGUGCUUGAAGUUGUCUGUCAAAACAGCAGACAGCUCUGUGUUCGUAUCUCAGAGCUCUCUUGCUUUCACUGGCAAUGGCAACUCUGUCCAUUCUUGAAUAACACACCAAGCCUAGUAGCCCUAAAAAACAAAUUAAUGAUAAAUAUUUUCAUAUCCAGUUUCUGUGGGCACCCUUAUUUAUAUGCACAGAAUAUACAGCAAAUGAAGGCAUAUGUUAAGGAUUGAAUCAAAGGCAAUUUAAUGACUGAAGCUGUUUUUAGUGACGGUAUCUCCAGAAAAAAAUUAGGCAGUCUAACUGUUUGCUGCUUUUGACUCAGCCCUGCUUCUCUGUUGAAAGGUAACCGCUGAGUGGUUGCCAGUGUCCGAUGCAGCUGAGGAGCCAGCACAUACUCACUCCUAGAGUCCCUGCCAACCUUUGCAGAAACAGAAGGCUGGGAUCCCUGACCUGGUACACUGCUCCAGUAUGGGUCCCUGAGAGGGAACACUUACACAGUACUGUUUAAACCUCAGAGCAAGUGCUGAACUGAUGUAGUAAUGCCAACCUGUGUUAAAGAUGCAAAGACAAUCAGUGAUCAAAAUACCGAUGUCCAUGUUGAAUUCUGUAACAGGUAUUAAAAUGACUAAUACUAAUUUACACCAGUAUCAUUUGUUAGUGUACUUAGUGGCUUCUGAAGCUUUUCAGGUUAGGACAAACCGAGCAGUUAAAACUUGGUUGUUUUCCAGGCCGAAAAUGAUUGGGGAAGUAGGAGACCUGCUUGUACUCAGUGACUGAUCUGGAGGUAAUUCUAACUUU